GCCAAUCCUGGGGCAGGGGCAGGGCCUGGGGAGGGAGAACGUGGAUCCUACCGCCUCCGAGUCAUCAAGGCCCUGGUACAGCGCUACAUAGAGACAGCCCGGCGGGAGUUUGAGGAGACCCGUCGGAAAGAUGAAGAAACUGAGACCCAAAGAGAGAUAGUAACUUGUCUAGGGCUACCUCCAACAUGCAGCCUCCUGCCAUGGUGUCUCUGCUGCUUGUGUCCAUGGGCCUCAUGGAAGCACUUCAGGCCCAGAGCCACCCCAUCACUCAACGAGACCUCUUCUCUCAAGAAAUGCCCCUGGAUAUGGCCCCAGCCUCCUUUGAUGACCAGUAUGCUGGCUGUGCAGCAGCCAUGACAGCUGCCCUCCCGGAUCUCAACCAAACAGAGUUCCAGGCCAACAAAGUGUAUGCUGACGGCUGGGCACUGGCAAGCAGCCAGUGGCAGGAGCGCCAGGCCUGGGGACCAGAGUGGGGCCCCAGCCCUACCCGGCUGCCCCUGCCACCCCCUGGCUUCCGCGAUGAGCAUGGGGUGGCCCUCCUGGCCUACACAGCCAACAGCCCCUUGCACAAGCAGUUCAACGCAGCCGUGCGGGAGGCGGGCCGCUCCCGAGCCUCCUACCUCCACCACUUCUCCUUCAAGACACUCCAUUUCCUGCUGACCGAGGCCCUGCAGCUGCUGGGUAGGGGCCAGCGUUCACCCCAGUGCCGCCAGGUGUUCCGAGGGGUGCAUGGCCUGCGCUUCCGGCCAGCAGCACCUGGAGCCACCGUAAGGCUGGGAGGAUUUGCCUCCGCCUCCCUACAGAAUGUUGCAGCCCAGCAGUUUGGGGAGGACACCUUCUUUGGCAUCUGGACCUGCCUUGGGGCACCUAUCAAGGGCUACUCCUUCUUCCCUGGGGAGGAUGAGGUGCUGAUCCCCCCCUUUGAGACCUUCCAGGUAAUCAAUGCCAGCAGACCAGCCCAGGGCCCUGCCCGCAUUUACCUCCGGGCCCUGGGCAAGCGCAGCACAUACAACUGUGAGUACAUUAAAGAUAAGCAGUGCAAGUCUGGGCCCUGCCGUCUGGAUAACUCAGCCAUGAGUCAAGGCCCCAUUUCUGCAGUCUGGUCCCUCCUACUGCCACUCUGGCUCCUUGUCAGAGGAACCUUUCCAUAGACUCCAGGCCUCCCAUCAUCCUUCCAACACUGAACAGCUCUGCCUGCUGCCUCUACCCAACAUGGGGAUGUUGGCCACAUGUGUGCUUUAAAGGCAGCCAGGAUCCAUGGUAACUCCAUCUGCUGGGAACUCUGGGACGUUGGUAGCUGCCAGGCCUGCUGAUGGAGAAAUAAGGGAAUCUGAGGACUGAGCCUUAGCCAAGGCUCUAAGAAUGAGACACUGAAUAGACACGGGGGUCUCUACAACAGGCAACAACUCACUUGGAGGUUAAACUAGUUUGGGGGGGAAUGGGGAGGAAAGCACUUGGCCAGAGCAUUUGCUGGUAUUACUCAAAUGCCUCACAUGUGCACCUGGAAAGCUCCUAUUCACUCUCCCAAGAAGCCUUCUCUGACUUCUCCCACCUGGCUGGGCUAGGGGUCCUGCCUCUCUGCUCCCACAGGUCCUUAGAUGCUUCUCUACACCACGUGUUCAUGUUUGCCUCCUGUAUCAGAUGGUGAGCUUCCUGAAGGCAGGGACUGGGUCUAAAGCACAGAGGUAGUACUAGAAAACGUGUAAAUCAAAAAGGAACAAACAUCUUGCGAAUGGCUCAUCUCUGCAGUGCCCUGCUCUGGACAUUUU